AAUUUGUGAAAACUUUAAUAUAUUAAUAUAAAAAGCAAACAAAGCUUGCCAAGCUAAAUACACAGUUAUGUUGGACCAACGCAGACUACACGCCUACCUGCUGCUCUCCAUAGUGGCCAGCAACUGUCUGCUGCUCACCUACGCCUUUCCCCAGCAGGAGAUUUACCAGCGACAGCAGCUGGCGCAGGCGUCGCCAGUUUAUCGCGACGAGAGUCACGCGCGCAAGUUUGCUGUCAAGCCGAAUGCCUCCAAGAAGGUGGCGCUGGAUGAUAUAGAGGAUGACAUUGAGGGCAAUCAGAUACAGGAGAGCGUGGGCGGUCCCGGCGGCUUCACCUGGUCCAAUAUGCUGUCCACUGUCAUGACCAUGUUCUUCAAUGGCGCCACCAAUGCGCCCAGCAAGUCCGACGACGUCGACGGCUCCAUCGGACUGGGCGGCAGCCCCUGGGCCAAUGUCAUCUCAAUGGGUCUGCGCAUCAUCAACACGCUGUUGGGCGGCGGUGCGCCUAGCGAUGGCAUUGACAAGGUCGACAACGGCGGCUCUCCCAUGCAGGGCAUCUUGGCGGCCGUGCUGUCGUCCGUGCUGGGCACCAGAGAUCCCGAUCAAGUCAACUCGAUGGCCAAGCAAGCUGGCGAGUUCAUUCAGAUCGUGAUGAAUCUGCUGGAUGCACUGAAGACUUCGUUCUCCCACCGCUCGCUCACCGCCCGCUCCUUGGGCAAACGUGACUCGGUAAGCGAUGCCGCCGUCGCCAGCAUUGCCCUGCUCAAGGGCUAUGUGCGCACCUAUCGCAACUCGGAGGACAAAUGCAUGCAGCGCUACAUGUGCGACGCCAACACCGACUGCGUGCGCGAAAUCGGCGGCAGCAGCAUCUUCUGCCAGCUGGGAUCCUAUGCCACCAGCUAUAUGCUUGGACGCAGCAGCAACGCCAGCUUCGAGAAUCUGUACGAUGCUGGACGCAGAGGGCGCUCGGGCUUUGAUUGCCGUCAGCUCUACCUUGAGUGCAAUGAGGUCUGAGCGUAGAUGAUUGUGGCCUUUAGUGCUUUUGACUGGACUUCCCUUAAAGUAAAUUAAAUUAGCUUACUUUAUGCUUGUGCUUACUUCAA